GCUCUCCUCCUCCUCCUCGCCGCAGGAUGCUGUUCUCAACGCCUGUUACCGGGGCUGCCGGCUGUUCUCCAUCUGUCACUUCGUGGAUGCGAGUGCUGAGCUCAACACAACCAGAGUCUCCUGCCUUGCAGCGUGUGCUGAAGCCUACAGCAAUGCAGAGGAGCAGUUUGGUUGUGUGACUGGGUGCCACAAGCAGCUGCCCGAGGUGGAGGAGAGCAGGAGGGAGAAGAGCCUGGAGCUGAAGGUGCCAUCGUUUUCCAUGUUGGAUUUGGUCUCCACCUUCUGCAACGACAUUGUCAGCUCUGCCCAGAGCUUCAUCUCCUCCACCUGGACCUUCUACCUGCAGGCAGAUGAUGGCAAAGUCGUGGUGUUUCAGUCCCAGCCUGAGAUGGAGUAUGCAGCACCUGAGGUGCAGGAGAUCCAGCCAGCCCAGCCAGGACCAGGGUCCAGCCCCCGUGGCCCCCAGUCCCACACAGGCCCCAGGGCAAAGGGGGAGAAACUCCCCAUGAAGGAGCCACGGGGCAAAACCAAGACACAUCCCCCAGAGCCUCCCCAGCAGGAGCACGACUUCCUCGGCUGCAUGUCCAAGCGCUCGGGCCUUCCUCGCUGGAUCCUGGCUGCCUGCCUCUUCCUCUCCAUCAUGGUGAUGCUGUGGCUGAGCUGUGCCAGUUUGGUGACUGCCCCCGAGCAGCAUGUCAAGACCCAGCCUCUGAGCAUCAAUGGAGACAAGGAGUACCUGGAGGACCUGGAUGGCCCCAGCACCUUCCCCCUGCCUCCUGUCAUCGCCGUCACCCUGUGCCCCGCGCACGGCGCUGAGGACGCAGGACCACUGCCCCUCAAAGUCGACCUGGAUAAGACCAUCCUGUAG